AUGGCGCUGACGUCACUGAGGCUGGAGCUGCGUGACGUCAGAAGCUCUCCCUCCGCUUUCCUCCAUGGAUCUGUAACAACAUCAGCUUUCACUUCACAAACCGGAGGAACAAACACAUUUAUCCUCGUCCACUGCACUUUAGCGGCGCGGGAGCUGCUGUCGCGCCUCCUCGUCAUGAGUAACAACAGCCACCCCCUGCAGCCUCUGGCCUCGGUGUCAGAGAUCGACCAUGUGCACCUCCUCUCUGAGCAGGUGGGGGUGCUGGCGCUGGGGGAGGACUACAGCGACGUCACCUUCAUCGUGGAGAACAAGCGCUUCCCCGCGCACCGCGUCAUCCUCGCCGCACGCUGCCACUACUUCAGGGCGCUCCUGUUUGGAGGUAUGAAGGAGUCUCGGCCUCAGGCGGAGGUGCGGCUGGAGGAGACUCGGGCGGAGGCCUUCUCGAUGCUGUUGAACUACCUGUACACAGGGCGCGCCUCUCUGAGCGCAGCACGGGAGGAGGUGCUGCUGGACUUCCUGGGGCUGGCGCACAGAUACGGCCUCCAGCCUCUAGAGGACUCCACGUCCGACUUCCUGCGCACGGUUCUGCACACGCAAAACGUGUGUGUGGUGUUCGACGUGGCAAGUCUGUACGGUCUGAGCGCGCUCAGUGCGGCCUGCUGCGCCUACAUGGACCGCCACGCUCCUGACGUGUUGAGCUCUGAGGGGUUUCUGCAGCUAUCCAAGGUGGCGCUGCUGACGGUGGUGACCCGGGACUCCUUCGCCUCCUCAGAGAAGGAGAUCUUUCUGGCUCUAAGUCGCUGGAGCAGUCACCGCGGCGAUGGGGCAGACACACAGGAAGUGAUGUCAGCGGUGCGCCUCCCCCUCAUGACGCUCACAGAGAUGCUGAACGUGGUCCGACCUUCGGGACUCGUGAGUCCGGACCAUCUGCUGGACGCCAUCAAGACCCGGUCUGAGUCCCGCAACAUGGACCUGAACUACCGCGGCAUGUUAAUCCCGGAGGAGAACAUUGCCACCAUGAAGUUUGGGGCGCAGGUGGUGAAGGGGGAGCUGAAGUCUGCGCUGCUCGAUGGAGACACACAGAACUAUGACCUGGACCACGGCUUCAGCCGACACCCCAUCGAGGAGGACGGUCGCGCGGGCAUCCAGGUCAAACUGGGCCAACCGUCAAUCAUCAACCACAUCCGCCUGCUGCUGUGGGACCGGGACAGCAGGUCGUACUCUUACUACAUAGAAGUGUCCAUGGAUGAGCUGGACUGGGUCCGGGUCGUGGAUCACUCUAAGUUCCUCUGUCGCUCCUGGCAGAACCUGUUCUUCAGCUCCAGAGUCUGCAGGUACGUGCGGAUUGUCGGCACACACAACACAGUGAACAAAGUGUUCCACCUGGUGGCCUUCGAGUGUAUGUUCACCAACCGUGCACACACCCUGGACAGCGGCCUUCUGGUACCCCAGGAGAACGUAGCCACAGUCGCCUCAUGUGCGAGUGUGGUGGAGGGAGUGAGCCGCAGCAGAAACGCUCUACUAAACGGAGACACAAGGAACUACGACUGGGACUCUGGUUACACCUGCCACCAGCUGGGCUCCGGGGCCAUCGUCAUCCAGCUCGCCCAGCCCUACUGCCUCAGCUCCAUGAGGCUCCUCCUCUGGGACUGUGAUGAACGUUCCUACAGUUAUUACAUUGAAGUUUCCACAAACCAGCAGCAAUGGAGCAAAGUGGUGGACCGCACCAGGACUCCCUGCAGGUCCUGGCAGAUGCUCAAGUUUGACAAACAUCCAGCCUCCUUCAUCAGGAUCGUGGGUACACACAACACUGCAAACGAGGUCUUCCACUGCGUUCACUUCGAGUGCCCGGCGCAGAAACGAGUGAAAGAGGAAGAAGAAGCCGAGGAGACUCCGAGGAAGACUGUGUAG